GAGGCGUUCACUGCUCCCUGGACAGCCAUGGAGAAACUGAAGAUUCUGUUUGCUGUUGUCUUCUCUCUGGGAACGGCCUCAGCAGCCUCUCUGGGCGUGGUACAAACAGAAGGUGGCGCUGUUCAGGGACGAAAUAUCCCCCUGGGUCUUUUCCGCUCUGUGGAUGUUUUUAAAGGAAUCCCCUUCGCUGCCCAGCCUGGAACGUUAGAGAAGCCCAAAGCUCACCCUGGCUGGAAUGGUAUCCUGAAGGCAACCAAGUUUGCUCCAAGAUGUCUCCAGAUGAGCAUGCUCCAGACUUCAAGUUUUGGUAGUGAAGACUGCCUCUACCUCAACAUCUGGGUUCCUCAUGGCCGACAGGUGUCAUCAAAUCUCCCCGUCAUGAUCUGGUUGUAUGGAGGAGGCUUCAUGGUUGGUGGUUCUAUGGGAGCAAAUUUCCUCAACAACUAUCUGUACAGCGGUCAGGAAAUUGCAGACAAGGGCGGUGUUAUCGUGGUGUCUGUGGGAUACCGUGUGGGAACGCUGGGCUUCCUCAGCACAGGGGACUCUGGCUUACCUGGAAACUACGGUCUGUGGGACCAGCAUGCUGCCAUCGCCUGGGUGCACAGGAACAUCGGCUCAUUUGGAGGAGAUCCUGAGAACAUCACCAUCUUUGGAGAGUCUGCAGGUGGAGCUAGUGUCAGCUUUCAGACUCUCUCCCCACACAACAAAGGGCUGGUCAAGAGAGCCAUCUCCCAGAGCGGUGUGGCCUUUUGUCCCUGGGCUAUGAGCAGGAACCCGCGCAAGGUUGCAGAGGAGGUUGCUGUAAAUGUGGGCUGCCCCACUGAUGACAGGAUGGUGGACUGUCUGAAAUCUACGGAUGCCAAGACUCUCACCAUGGCUGCUCCCCGCGUCACACAAGGCUCCCCAGACAGUCCUGGUGUGACAAACCUUCUUCUGUCUCCUGUUGUUGAUGGCGACUUCCUCCCCGAUCGGCCUGAAAACUUGUUCCACAACGCGGCUGAUAUUGACUACAUUGCAGGAGUUAAUGACAUGGAUGGACACCUGUUCACCUCUCAGGACAUCCCUUCCCUUGGUAACAAGAACAAAGAGACUCCUGUAGAGGACGUGAAGAGGCUCCUUGCUGCCUACAGUAAAGAACUGGGGCCAGCAGCUAUGGAGAUUGCCUUUGCUGAAUAUUCGUCCAACUGGGGAUCAACACCCACCCAGGACACCAUUAAGAGAUCUGCAGUGGACAUUGGGACUGACUACAUCUUCCUGGUUCCCAUACAGACGGCCAUCUACCUGCAUGCAGCUAACGCCAGGUCUGGCCGCACCUUCUCCUACAUGCUGUCUGAGCCCAGUUUAAUGGCUGGACCAGGCAAACCCUACCAUGACUGGGUGGGAUCCGAUCAUGCUGAUGACCUGCAGUAUGUGUUUGGAAAACCCUUCACCACGCCAAAGGCUUACGGGGACAGACACAGGGCCCUGUCUGGCUACAUGAUUGCCUACUGGACUAACUUCGCCAGAACUGGAAACCCCAACAAAGGAAACCUGCAGGUGCCUGCUAUGUGGCCUGAAUUCACCAGCACUGAGCAGCAGUUCCUGGAAAUCAAUGGGAAGAUGAAUGAGAGCUCCACCGGACACGAAAUGAGACUACGUUUUGUUCGGCUUUGGACCAGCACCCUUCCCAGCCUCGCAUCACGUGAUGUCACAGAGGCUCAGUGA